AUGAGUACUGUGUUACUUCUACUUCUGUUUCUCUUCAACUCAUGCAAGUUUCUCUAUUCAUACCCCAGCCCCAGCCCCAGCCCAUGUCACCACAUCUCUCCUCCUCAAUCCCCACACAAUGGCAAUCGCCACCGCCACCAAAGGAGUCCACCGCAGCCACUCUCACCAGAAUGGUUCUACUUCUACUCGCCCCCACCUCCUAGUACUCCUCCAUACUCUCCUCGCCAUUUACAGCCGUCGAUUCCACCAAGACGACCGCCGGCACCACCACACCCACCACCACUUGUGUCAGAGUUUAAGCCGCCACCUCCGCAUUUUAUGCCCCAUGUAGUUCCGCGACCUCCCCGGCCACCAGCAUGGUUCUACUUCUACUCACCCCCGCCGCCUAGUCCUCCAUCCUCUCCUAAAUACUCACGGCCUUCGUAUCCACCGCCACUUCCACCUAGGCGUCGGUUGUCAUGA